AGGAGAUUGUUGCGGAAGGAUAUUUACAGGGUUCAAUUUUGUUAUCUCUUGGUUUCCGAUUUGACGCCAUAAGUUGGUGUGAUCUGUUUUGAAUGUGACGAAUUUUUAUUGCACACAUAACUAAAACAAGGUGACAAACAAGGUACCUUGAUACAAACCAAACCAACAAUGAUUGCCUGUUAGUAGCAUUUUUAUUGGGAGAAAAUAAUGUCAUCCAAUUUUGUGCCGGGGACAGCAGCUGAACCAACAAGUGAAGUGGAGUUGACGUUGUCAUGCAGGGGACUUGUAGGAAAAGAUGUUUUGUCCAAGUCGGAUCCAAUAUGUGUUACGUAUGUUCAACGGUUUGGCGAUCCCCGUUGGGUUGAAUUCCAUCGUACAGAAGUUAUUUCAAACACCCAUGACCCAGACUUCGUAGCGAAAGUACGGUUGUUUUACCGAUUUGAAGAGCAGCAGCCUCUGAAGUUCGAAAUAUAUGACUCAGAUUCUUCAAGUUCAAGUCUUGACAGACACGACUUCCUCGGUGCAGCAACAUGCAGUCUUGGACAAAUUAUUUCAAACGGAAAGGUGCAAUUACCAUUGUCUCUGACAGGAACUGGAACCACAGAAGGUCGAGGUCACAUGAUAAUUAUUGCUGAGGAGUUAGCAGCACUUAAAGAUGAAGUCAUCAUGCAAUUCAGCGGCACAAAGCUGGACAAGAAGGACUUCUUUGGGAAAUCAGAUCCAUUUUUGGUGUUCCACAAGUCAACGGAAUCUGGAGAUUACAUUGUUGUUUAUAAAACAGAGGUGGUGAAACAUACACUGAAUCCUGUGUGGCCAAAGUUCUCCGUUCCUGUUCGCAGUCUGUGCAAUGGUGACUAUGAUCGCAACAUUAAAGUUGUAUGUUAUGAUCAUGAAUCUGAUGGAGACCACAACCUCAUAGGGGAGUUUUAUGUGACACUGCGACAACUCACUCAAGGACCUUCCCCAUCCAAUGUGUUUCAAUGCAUUAAUCCAGAGAAAAAGAAGAAGAAGUCUUCAUACAUCCACUCAGGGCUCAUCACUUUGAAUUCAAUUGAGGUGCGGCAAAUAUACUCGUUCAUGGACUACAUGAAGGGAGGAACCCAGCUUCACUGCUCCAUAGCGAUUGAUUUCACAGGUUCAAAUGGCAACCCCGCAAUGCCUGAGUCAUUGCACUACAUCAGCAACAUCCCAAAUGCUUAUGAGCAGGCUAUUCAAUCUGUGGGAAGAAUUAUUCAGGACUACGACACUGAUAAGCUGUUUCCUGUCCUUGGGUUUGGAGCUCGGAUUCCCCCUGAUGGGCAGGUGUCCCACGAGUUCUUUGUGAACAUGAAUCCAUCUAACCCAUACUGUAAUGGUGUCUCUGGUGUGCUGGAGGCUUACCGACGCUGCAUCCUUCAGGUGCAGCUAUAUGGGCCCACCAACUUCUCGCCUGUUAUAAACCAUGUGGCUCGCUUUGCCAGCACAUACCGAGAUGGCUCCAGUUACUUCAUUCUGCUGAUCCUUACAGAUGGUGUCAUCACUGACAUGCCACAGACUAUUGCGGCAAUUGUGUCAGCUUCAUUGCUGCCAAUGUCCAUCAUCAUUGUGGGAAUUGGAAAUGCGGACUUCGGUGCCAUGGAGGUGCUGGAUGCAGACACCACAGGAUUGUCAUCGGGUGGGGUCCAUGCCGCCCGGGACAUCGUGCAGUUUGUUCCAUUCAGGAAGUUUGCAACAGCCAGUGAUCCUCACAUGGCUAAAAUCAGGUUAGCCAAGGAAGUGCUGGCAGAAAUACCCAGGCAGUUCACUGACUACAUGAAAGCAAACAACAUCGCUCCCAAACCUCCGCAACUUAAUGUGCUCGUUGUUCCGCCUGAUCCAGAACUUAUUCCAGUGGCAUAAGACUGCUUUAACUAGCAAUGCUGAAGUAAACAUUUGCUGUGGUCACAUUAUAUUUUAAGUAUUAUUAUUAUGUGGAUAUUUUAAAAUACUUGAGCUUCAGUCACUGGAUAUGGCAGUACGUUUAGAUGUGAAGAGAAAGGAAAUACCAAGAUUGGAAUGAAACUUGAUAAUUGAAUAUAACUUUUGAAUCAUUCAUAAAACUAAGUGAUGUCUGCACAUGGGGAUUACUGAUUUGAAGUAUGGAACUAGGUAGUUGACAGGAGGGAGCACUUACCAGGACACUGACUAUUAAAUGUUGCUCUACACAGUAUUGCACUGUAUCAUGAGAGAGUUAAUAUGUGUGUGCCUUGUAAGUUCUGCACCAACUACAUACACCUGUAUACUGUUUUAUAUAUUUUAUAACCUUUUUGUCCCUUAUGACUGCAGUGAACUGGGAACAUAUUAGUAUGGGAAUAACAUGAAUGCUUCAAUUUGUGCUUAUCACUUAUUUUGUGUACAAUACGUGAAGGAUUCUGUUGCAUAUUGGUUUAUUUGUUUUUAUUGUAGUCACACUGUUUUUUUCCACAAAAGUAUGGAAUGUUUCAGAUAACACGUUUGCCAAUAGUGAUGUUUGCAGUGAGUCUGGGUUACAGUGAAUGAAAUUUGCUGUACCAGGGGCUCAGCUUUUUUCUACCCUGAGUGUAAAUUAAGUUGUCAUGUAGCCCCACUUCAUAAUGCUUCUGAUCAGUCACAAAUUCUUCUCCUGUGUGCCAUGUUAUAAAUGCAAGUAGUGCAUUCUUGCACCACCUUUACAUUGGAAUUGUGAGAGUCAGUGCCAUAUGUUGGACACCAGUGGGUUAGAAGGAAUGUCCUACAUGGUAGAAUCAGAUUUUAAUGUUGUAUGGCAAAUGACUUACAUUCACUGACUUUAUGGAGUAUAGUCCUUGAGAAGCUGAUAAUCACUCAGCUGGUCAAAGAAUUCCUGCCUUUCAUGGAACCUGAGGGUUCGUUAUUACCUUGUUAAGAAUAGCCCACUAUUGGUUGCUCCACUGAGCCAAUUGAACCUAGUCCACACCCUCGCACCAUAUUUCCUUCAGUUCCAAAUGUUAAUUGCACAAGAGUUGGUGUAUUAUCUAAAUUGAGUUGUGCAAUUAACAUCCAGUGUGGUGUUACAUAAAGUAAGGUUUUAUAAAGUGCGACCUUUUAUGCUUUAUAACAA